UGUUGUGUCGCCUUCUCAGAAUUUGGAGGAAUAAGAAAGGCUGACGGCGACCCUUUCGCUUCGCGUCGGCCAUGGCUCAGGGAACCGUCGCUGGAAUCCCACACGUCCUGGUCUUGGGGUUCCGCCGCGCCCUCCUGUGUCCUCAAAACUUGGAAGAGCAUGAACUGCUGUUAUAACCAGCCAUGGAACAUCAUCUGCAGUCUUUUCAGGACUACAUUUUUAUACUAAUCUGGACACCUCAACUCCUGACACUUACCAAGCACCUCCCGCAGUUAUCAACGAAAGAUGAGGAGGAUGCUUGCCCCAUUUGCCUUGAAGAUUAUGAUGCAGAGAAUCCACACGUUCUGACAAAGUGUGAACACCAUUUCCAUUGUGUUGCAUUCUUGAAUGGAUGGAGAGAUGAGACACCUGUGCCAUCUGUGACCAGAUAAUGAUGAUCAACACCAUGUAUAACAUGGUGUCUCCUGAAAAGAGUUUUUAGUGGGCAACCCUUUCGAAUGGAUACUCAUCCAGAUGAAAGCUUCUUACUCUUUUGUGCAGGACUGUGCCACAAAAACAAAUGUGGCUAGAAGCAAUUUGAUGUUUUGGUUGAGAGUUUAGAUGUCUGGGUCAAAUUCUUCUGAAUUCCUGUUGUGGAACAGUAGGAAACAAAAAGGGGAGUAUCUGGGUUAGGAUCCUCUCGCAUGCUUGACUCAAUACAUCUGAAGAUCUUGCAGUCACGACAAUGAGCAUAAGGAACUAGUGGUUCAGCACGGACGCACACACACGACUGGAGUCGAGCGUUUGUAUGCUUGCCAAGCCGAUACUCUUAUUAUAACUGACCUGGGUGAAUGCUUUCCUUUGUGUUCGGAAGAGCCUAAAAUGCAUAGGUUUUCUAUUUCCUUGAUAUUGGGAUGUUGAUGUAACACUCUACCACCCAGUUUUUGUUCUCCAGGCAAGUUAGAGAUCGUCCGUUUGGAGUAUGAAGCUUGAAAGUCCUGUGAAUUGAGUGUCGUCAAAGUUCAAAUUCCACAACAGUCGAGAAUCCUACAAUCCAGAUUGCUAGUGAUGUCAGGCAAAAUUUGGUCCAGCUUUUCGACUUUCCGCUUGGACUUUAGUCUCUCCUCCCAAUCGAACGGGUCUUGGGUGGCUGCGAUCGCAUGCGCUUGAAGUAGCGAAUAAAGGACCGUGCGAGAAGCCAAGGAGAAGACUGUCACACUUUAUAACGCUGCAACCCCUAGUCGUCUUUCGCAUUCUAGCUUGAGGGAAUCAAGAAAAGGGACAAUCCAUGGCAGAGAUUCACCAUGGCAGAGAGAAACUGGGAGUACACAGUUCACCAUGGAGGAGAUCUUGAAAGCAACGAAGAACUUCUCCCCAUCGUUAAAGAUUGGGCAAGGUGGGUUUGGUACAGUCUAUAAAGCGACACUUGACGAUGGCACACCCAUUGCAGUUAAACGCGCCAAGAAGAGCACGUAUGAGAAUCAUCUGAGUGUCGAGUUCCAGAGUGAGAUCAACAUAUUGGGACAAAUUGAGCACUUGAAUUUGGUUAGAUUCUUUGGUUAUUUGGAGGAUAAUGAUGAGAGGGUCGUUGUUACUGAAUAUGUGCCUAAUGGAACUCUAAGAGAGCAUCUUGAUGGAUUUCGUGGAAACUUUCUUGAGCUUUCAGCACGACUUGAUAUUGCAGUUGAUGUAGCUCAUGCUGUCACAUACCUUCAUAUGUACGCAGACCAUCCAAUUAUCCACAGAGACAUCAAAUCAUCUAAUAUUCUUCUUACUGAAAACUUGCGGGCUAAGGUUGCUGAUUUUGGCUUUGCCCGGUUCGGUAUAAACGAGGCUGGAGUUACCCAUAUUUCCACCCAAGUAAAAGGGACUGCUGGUUAUUUGGACCCAGAGUAUCUUAGAACUUAUCAACUCACAGACAAAAGUGAUGUGUACUCAUUUGGUGUGUUGCUAGUAGAAUUAAUAUCUUCACGGCGCCCUAUAGAGCGUAAACGAGAACUCAAGGAAAGGAUAACAAUAAAAUGGGCGUUGAAGAACUUCCAACAAGGGAAAACAAUUCAAGUUUUGGACCAUAAUAUUCCACAUACUCCGGCAAAUAAUCUGGCUUUGGAGAAGAUUCUUGAGCUGGCUUUCCAGUGUUUAGCUCCUUCAAGGCAAAAUAGACCCAGCAUGCGGAGCUGUGCUGAAAUAUUAUGGAACAUUCGGAAGGACUACAGAGAGUUGUUGUCUUCAGAUCUCCUCUCUCAGACUUCGCAUCAAAGAAACCUUUCCAUUAGCGGAGAUGAAACUUAAAGUGAUAUUAAGAUUCGUAUGCAGUAAAAAGUAGCUCGACUUGCAAACUCAGCGCUCUCUAGAAUCACUGGUUGUACAUACAAGACUUAUAGAGAACAUGUCGAAAAGAUAAUUUCAUUAAUAUUUUGAGAAGGAAUGAGUACUGUUGGUGAA